AUGGAUAUUUGUCUUCAAAGUUUGACAACAGAUAAAUAUAUUGAGUAUUGUGCAGUGUUUGCUCAAAUUAAAAAUGAAGGAAAUGAAUACUAUAGCCUCUCAACACCUUUCAAUAAUAAUGAUAUUUUUGGUUGUGGAUUAGUUUACCCUCCAACUAAUAAAUUACUUGGAUUUCCAUAUAUUUUCUUUACACAAAAUGGAAAACAAAUUGGUAAAGGUGUAUUAUUAAAGAACAAUUCUGAUUCAUAUAAACCUGAAGUUUCGCUUAAUUGUUGUUCUGUUGAGGCGAACUUUGGAAAUGAUUUGGAAUCUAGACCAUUUAUUUAUGAUAUUUCAAAGCAUUUAAUUAUUAAGGAAUUUUAUUGA